UGCUGUUGGAGCAUCUCCGAGCAAUACCGCUCACGCGCAAAACACCAUGUUGAUCUCGAAGGAAUUUCACGACGUCCCCUCAAAGCUGGAUGGUGGCCGCCCCAUGCGCAUCUAUGUCAUCUCUCCAGUCCUUCCGCAAUAUCCGCAGGCUAAAUUUCCUGGUGUUGUGGUAUUCAGUGAAAUCUACCAAGUUACUGGGCCAGUUGAACGGUUCGCAGAGCUUUCCAUGUAUCUCCCGCCAAGUGGACUGAGAUUACACGACAGGUUUGCUGGCGCGAUCGCGAGCCAAGGAUUCGUUGUCGCAUGCCCAUCUACCUAUCAUGAGUUCGAAGGCCCUGAGGCGAUUCCGUACGACGUCGAAGGCACUGAUCGUGGAAACAAGUACAAGGUCGAAAAGACUGUUUCCGCCUACGACGAGGACGCAACCUUGGCUAUCGACCUUCUUGACUCCCUGAAGAACUGCAAUGGCAGAAUCGCAGGCAUGUCGGCUCACGAGGCUGCGUUCGAUCAGCGUGUCCUUGCGUCGGUUUGUUUCUUUGCGACCGAUGUCCACAGCGCGACUCUUGGCAAAGGCGGUGACGACUCGCUUGUCCGCGUCAAAAAUGGCGAUCUUACGGGCAAAGGGGAACUGGUUAUGAUAUUCGGCAAACAGGAUACACACGUCCCGCGAGCUGGCCGUGACCUCAUUCGAACCACGCUGGAGGAUGCAGAUGUGCCCACCUCGUUUCUGGAAGUCCAGGCCCAGCAUGCAUUUAUUCGUGACGAACAGUCCAAGGGCCGCUGGGACGCAGCGUUGACGAAGAAUCUGUUCGGAUUCAUGAUGGAGGUCUUCGAGCGCACUGUCGGACGCGACCUGGGACCACGGGUUAUACUGAACAUGGAGCCUGAGCAUGUUUGUUGAAUGAAAAUAACAAACUGGAAUU